GCGGAUUUCUCGGUGACUCAAAUUUCUCUUCGUUCAAUUCAAUGAUUUUCUAUUAUUUUCGUUUGUUCUUGUAACGUCAUUCUGAACUACUUGGGAACUGUGGAAAACAUACCACGCCAGGUCCGAGAACGGCCAAUCGAUCCAGCAAUACCCUGCCACCUGCUUGCAUAGCCUGAGCCUAGGGGCUCUAUGUCGAACAUGUCGUUCCUAAGUUUCCAUACCGAUACUCUCGAUGUCCUUAAUGUCGGCCGUUUCUUCAAUCUUCAAGAGUAUGAUGGCAGCUACUAUCGGCAAUUACACUCUACCGUAGCAGAUCUUCCAGUCGCAGCACUUUUUAUCACACUACUCUUGAUAUGUGCACCUCUGAUCAUCGCGCUGGGUGUCUAUGUAUCCAACGCCGCAAAGGCAAAGGAAGACCAGCCCAGAGGUUGCCGGAAGUUGGGAAUAAAGACCGCAAGCAACUUAUGUAACGAAUUUGACAAGAAAUUCGCCCUGGGAUGGCCACUCUCUACCAGCGAAGCUCCCACAAAGCGCUGGACUGUACAGAGCAUGUGGAUCUACCCCAUCAAGAGCUGCAGAGGCGUAGAACUCGAUCAUGCAGACAUCGUCACUACCGGCAUGGAAUACGAUCGCCAAUUCACUUUUGCCCAGCUGAAGAACCCUGCUCCGGCCGCCAAGACGGAGGAGAAGCAAACGGUACGGACGUGGGAGUUCAUCACCCAGCGCAAGUUCCCGAGGCUCGCUACGGUCAAGGUGGAGGUAUGGGUUCCUGAUCAGAUCAGUGCGGGUUAUGACCCUGACAGUGAUUAUGUCGAGGGAGGCGGCGCUGUUGUCAUACGCUUCCCCUACCAACAACCUGGAUGGAGAGGAAAGCUUGAAAGGCUGUCGGCGAGACUCAGCGGAUCAGUCCCAGAGAAGCAGUUCCGAGUCCCCUUUGACCCAACCCCUUCACAGGUGCAAAAAUCUAGGUAUAAAUACGAAAACGUCAUUAUCUGGAAAGACACCGUCAACGCCCUCAACCUUGAAGUGGACGUCCCCGCAGAGUUACAAGAAUAUCUUGGUGUCACCAACAAACUGAGCUUGAUCAGAGUCGACAACUCCACGCUGAGAGAAGUCUACAGAUGCGCCCCCAAGGCCGAAGACCUGGGCUACCAGCCCGUAAUGGGCUUUCAGGAUGCGUACCCUCUGCACAUCAUGAACCUCGCCAGUGUGCGAGAUCUUGAGGGGAAACUGCCCAAGGUCAAGGGCGUGCCUGGUUUAUCGGCGAAGCGAUUUCGUGCAAACAUCAUCGUUACUGGACCAGAACCGUACGAAGAAGAUACCUGGAAGAGAGUCCGGGUCGGAUCCUACGAAUUCGCCAUCUCCUGCCGGACGGCGCGAUGCAAGCUCCCAAACGUCGACCCAGUUUCAGGGGAAGUGCAUGCCUCUGAGCCAGAUCGCACGUUGCGUCGACUCAGGAAUGUGGAUGCAGGAGCUGGCAAAUACGUCGGCUGCCUUGGUAUGCAAGUUGUUCCGAUAAGUAAGGAGAGUGUAAUGGACGUUGGGGACGAGGUUGUCCCGCUGGAAUACGGAGAGCAUGUAUACAUAAACCAAUAACGUUAGCUUGAAUAAUGAUAGAAAAAUGUUAGAAUGAGA